CAAGAAAUUCCAGCGAGCGCACUGCGAUUGCGCCUGGGUGGGCCGGAAAUUGAAGUGGGAGUAAUUCCGCUUCCGUUUUAGUUCCCCCCCGCUCAGUGUUUUGGGUUUCUUCGCGGCCGCUCAAGAUGAACCGAUUCUUCGGGAAAGCGAAACCCAAGGCUCCGCCGCCCAGCCUGACUGACUGCAUUGGCACGGUGGACAGCAGGGCAGAAUCUAUUGAUAAGAAGAUUUCCCGACUGGAUGCUGAGCUAGUGAAGUACAAGGAUCAAAUCAAGAAGAUGAGAGAGGGCCCUGCAAAGAAUAUGGUCAAGCAGAAAGCCUUGCGAGUUUUAAAGCAAAAGCGGAUGUAUGAGCAGCAGCGGGACAACCUUGCCCAACAGUCCUUUAACAUGGAACAAGCCAAUUACACCAUCCAGUCAUUGAAGGACACCAAGACUACGGUGGAUGCUAUGAAACAGGGAGUAAAAGAAAUGAAGAAGGCAUACAAGGAAGUGAAAAUUGACCAGAUUGAGGAUUUACAAGACCAACUAGAGGAUAUGAUGGAAGAUGCAAAUGAAAUUCAAGAAGCACUGAGUCGCAGUUAUGGCACUCCAGAAUUAGAUGAAGAUGACUUAGAAGCAGAAUUGGAUGCACUGGGUGAUGAGCUUCUGGCUGAUGAAGAUAGUUCUUACUUGGAUGAAGCAGCAUCUGCACCUGCAAUACCAGAAGGUGUUCCCACCGACACUAAAAACAAGGAUGGAGUCCUGGUGGAUGAAUUCGGAUUGCCACAGAUCCCUGCUUCAUAGAUUUGCAUCAUUCAAGUACAUCAUGUAAAAUAAACACAUCUUCUGGGACUGGGAAAUAUUUCCAAAUUUGCAACAGAUUUCAGUUUCUUUCCUUUUUUGAAGGAAAGGGUAAUUUUACUGCUCUUUCUUUUUUUUUUUUCCCAUUAAGAAACUCAUUGCUUGGAGGAAGCUUUCUUUGUACUAAAAUUUGAUUCUCUUUCUCUUGUGAAAGACUAACUUAAAAGAAUCUUUGGCUUUGUAUAACUUGUUUUCAUUCAUUAGUAAUUGAAAUAAAAUCAAGGAGACAAGAAUCUUUAGUAAGUUCUAUGACAGUAUAACUUUACAGUUUCAAUGUGACCUUGAUAAAUUGAUAAUAUAAAGAUGAGAUUUUUGAGACUGUUCAUAUUAUGUUUCAACACCAUUUUCUAUUGUGGUAUUAUAGGUGGCUUAAUGAUGGCAUUUUUGAUAGGUUUUGUGGUGUCUUGUGACCAAAUUACUGUGUCCAGUAUUGGAAUGGAAUUGUCACUACUGUAUCAUGAGUGGGUAUUUUAAUUCUAUGGUUUCUUCAGUAUUACAGCCUGACUUGUAAUCAAUAAUGAAUAUUUCUUGAUAUUUAAUGUAUAGGACAUUUAUUUAUACUCAAUAAAUAUUUUUCAAAAGGA